AUGGAAGUAAUUCCUCUACGUCACUUUCGAGGUCCGGAACUGGUACAGACUCUCGCUGGACUGACCGAUGAUAACAAUGGAAACGAAGCCGCAGAGGCGGCCGUCCGUAGCGAGACGGAGGCCUUCCAGCGACGGCUGAUUGAGCGUGGCCGCCGGUUUGUGGAUACAAUGGGCAUCAAGCACGCGUACUACACUGGCCGGAGGUUGGACUAUCGAGGCGAGAUCGAGGGCGAAGUCAUGAUUGACAUGCAGGAGGCCUUGAGCUAUGUAUUCAAUCUAGCCGAGAUCACAGCCGAUCCCAGUCUCCUCACAGAUAUCGACUUUAUGAUCAUGUCGUACCGUGUUUACGGCUAUUUGCUACGUGACCGUUCUUGGGCAAUAUUGGACCUAGACCUCAUUAGCAACAUUGACAGGCGAUUCGAACCUGCAGGAGCCAUUGCCACGGAUAAUUGCAACACUGACGGCGAUGCCACAGGCAGUGAUAAUUAUGACAGCGAUAACGAUGAUAUGGGCGAGGCCGUCGGCAGCAUGGCAUUCUCAAACCUUGUUCUUCCUCGAGGACACAAACGCAUGGUAUUGUCUCUCGUGGCCCAGCACUUCCGAAACAAAGCAUCCCAGACGCACAGAAAGAAUAGAUUGGACAUUGUAAAAGGCAAAGAGGGUGUGGCCGAAACGUUCAGCAAGCCUCUGAUGCAAAUAACAUGCGGCGACCUCGGGACCGCUGCAAGAGAAGUCGAGCGCUCGUUGCAAAACACGUUUGCCUUGGCCAGCCGGUGGGAUGCCAUCCUUUUGCUUGACGAGGCAGACGUGUUUCUCGCGGCCCGCGGGCGCAAUGACUUUACACGGAACGGGCUGGUAGCCGUUUUUCUUCGUAUCCUUGAAUACUACACUGGAAUCCUCUUCCUAACGACGAACCGCAUCGGCGAUCUCGACGAGGCGUUCGCGUCCCGCAUUCACAUGAUACUCCACUAUCCGCAACUGGAGGAGUUGCCUACGGUGAAAGUCUGCCGUAUCAACUUGAAUAUGAUCCGCGAGCGCUACCAUGCUGCCGGACGCCAAAUCAAGAUUGAUAGUGACACCAUUGAGGAGCACAUUCGCAAUCAUUGGCGCAAACACAGCACCGCCCGUUGGAACGGCCGGCAAAUCCGGAACGCGUGCCAAACGGCGCAAGCUCUUGCAGAGUAUGAUGCUCAGCCAUCGGACAAAAAAUUCGACCUGACGGCGCAGGAGAAUGCCAGGGUGCAUCUCAAAGUAGAACAUUUUCAGCGCGUGUCAGAAGCGUACCUGGACUUUUUCAACUACCUCAGGGACGUGCACGGGACGAGUACAGAGACUCGGGCCAAGGAGCUUGGCCUCCGGGCCGUGGAAAUGAUCGGGGAGGAACAUCCUAGCGACGAUGCGUCUCGGCGUCUCAACCGGGAAGGGCGACAAGGUCGCGGGCGACACGGAGGAAUGCAAAAUUCUCUGCAUGAAUUCCGCCUCCCCGCUACGAUGCAGCUGCCAAUUAGACAACAGCCACAGCAACAGCCACAGCAACAGCCACAGCAACAGCCACAGCAACAGCCACAGCAACAGCAGCAGCAGCCACAGCACCAACAGCCUCAGCCGCAGCUAUAUCAACAUCAACAACAGCAGGAGCCAGCCAACCAUCUAUACCAGCAGUUGCCAACGAGGCGUUGGCCGGUGGUAUAUCAGCAUCCACAGGAACAGUCUCUGUCCACCAGCACCUACGCCCUGCCCUCGAUGGAAGCCGCUUCUGUGACAGCCAACCAAUUUACCACGGUUGCAAAUUACGUACCGACAUCCAGUAGCAACGUACCGGUAUCGCCAAUGCAUCCGUACGCACUUCCAGCGCAACAGCAGAGGCCACAAGACCAUUCACGGUCGCCAUCGUAUCCUGGACAAGCUCGGCCUGUUGACCGGACCUCAGCACCUGCGGACCUCGGCCCCUGA